AAAGCAGAACCGGCGUCUUUUGGGAAGGCGCAUUUUUUUCGCACAUCUUUUUCGUUAAAAGCAGCGUUCAGUUCAUUUGUUAAAUUAAUUUUCACCGGGAUACGCCGUGUUUAGCAUUUAGUUUAGUGGAAAAAGUAUCCACAUUAAUUGUAAUUAACAUUUGAAGUCAGGAAUAUUUAAAAAUUUAUUAAAGAAUGAGCAAAAAGAAGGACAAUCCUGAGAAUCCAUCUUCCGAUGGCGAAGAAGAAGAGGAAUAUGCCGUGGAAAAGAUUCUGGAUAGACGCGUCCGCAAGGGCAAGGUUGAAUAUUAUUUAAAAUGGAAAGGGUAUUCCGAUUCGGAAAAUACUUGGGAACCAGAAGCGAAUUUGGAUUGUCAAGACUUAAUUCAGCUUUACGAGAUGAGUCGAAAGGACGAGAGUAAUAAUGCUGCAGCUGCUCCCAAGAAAGAUCGUCCGGGAAGUACCACCAAGAGCAAAGAAUCGGGACGGACUAGCACUUCGGGCAGCACUAGUGGCAACAGUAAACGUAAAUCUGAAGAGCCAGCUGCGGGUGGAAAAUCCAAACGCACUGAUGCCGAAGUAGAUAGCGGAGAUUCAUUAUCCUCUGUCGGCACUGGCUUUGAUCGUGGACUGGAGGCCGAAAAGAUUUUGGGUGCCUCCGAUAAUAAUGGACGGCUAACAUUCCUUAUUCAAUUCAAAGGUGUCGAUCAGGCCGAAAUGGUUCUGUCCACAGUGGCCAAUGUUAAAAUACCUCAAAUGGUAAUCAGGUUCUAUGAAGAGCGUCUCUCUUGGUACUCUGACAACGAGGACUAACGUUAAAACUAUCUAAGAUCAUUAUUAAGAAGAAAAGUUGACCUAUUCGGCUCUCCAUACAAACCAUUUAUUGAAUCACAAGUUUUUUUUUGUUCAGUUUAAAUCUAAAAAGGAAAAUAAUAAAAUAUAAAAAAAAAAGAAAACCCGCGAAAAA